AUGGCGACGGAUCCGGCACAAGUAACUGGAGCAACUACACCCGGCGCAGACAGUUUAGGUCCGGAUACAGGUCAGGCGUUAGUGGCACAGGCUCCCAAGAAACCGGCGAGACCUAGAGGCAAGCCGCAACCUGAGAAGCCGAAGAGGAGUCUAUUUUGUUUAGGUCUUAAAAAUCCACUUAGAAAAUUGUGCUACGAUAUAGUUGAGUGGAAACCAUUUGAAUAUAUGAUAUUAACGACAAUUUUUGCAAAUUGCAUAGCGUUAGCAGUGUUUACGCCUUAUCCGAACGGUGAUACUAAUAAUACUAAUCAGAUAUUGGAAAAGGUGGAGUGGGUUUUUAUGGUAAUUUUUACGGGAGAAUGUAUAAUGAAAAUUAUAGCAUACGGCUUCUUAUUGCAUCCCGGUGCUUAUUUAAGGAAUACUUGGAAUAGUUUAGAUUUUACUAUAGUUACUAUUGGCAUAAUUAGCAUGGUUUUACAAUACAUUUCCAAAGACUCGUUUGAUGUGAAAGCUUUGAGGGCUUUCAGGGUACUGCGGCCACUUCGCCUGGUGUCCGGUGUCCCAAGUCUUCAAAUAGUUUUAAAUUCUAUCCUAAAGGCAAUGAUUCCGCUGUUCCACAUUGCUUUUUUGGUGCUAUUUGUGAUCAUUAUCUACGCUAUUAUUGGCCUGGAGCUCUUUUCUGGGGUACUUCACGACGCCUGCUUUUAUAUAGAAACUGGUGAAAUUGUAGAAGAACCAUCACCUUGUAGCAGAGAUCCUGACGUAGGCUUCCAGUGUGAUGAAGGUCAAAUUUGCAGAGACUAUUGGAAAGGACCAAACUAUGGAAUAACCAAUUUUGAUAAUAUCGGUUACUCUAUGUUAACAGUGUUCCAGUGCAUUACUCUUGAAGGUUGGACUGAUAUUAUGUACCAUAUAGCUGAUGUAAAGGGAAACACCUGGGUGUGGAUUUACUUUGUAACGAUGGUUAUUUUUGGCAACUUUUUCGUUAUGAACCUCAUUCUUGGUGUAUUGUCAGGAGAAUUUUCAAAGGAAAGAGAAAAAGCUAAAAGUCGUGGCGAUUUUCAGAAGUCACGAGAAAGACAACAGUUUGAAGAAGACCUUAAAGGUUACCUUAAUUGGAUCACUGUUGCUGAGGAGUUGGAUCUAGAGAACGAUCAAGGACAGAAAGAUGAAGAUAGAGAUUCACCAGGUAAAAAGGAACGCAAAAGUAACGAUGAAUCUCAGAACAAAGUGAACGCGAACGGCGAGCAUACCCAAACCUCUACUUGCAAAAUUUAUUGCAAGAGAUUUGAUAAGAUCAACCGUCGCAUGCGGAGAGCGUGUAGAAAAGCUGUUAAGUCGCAAGCCUUCUAUUGGGCGAUUAUAGUUCUUGUCUUCCUUAACACUUUGGUGUUAGCCUCUGAACAUUAUCAGCAACCUCACUAUCUCGACAAAUUCCAGAAUUAUGCUAACUACCUUUUUGUAGUUCUGUUUACCAUAGAAAUGCUUGUCAAAAUGUACGCUUUGGGCUUCCAGGGUUACUUCGUCUCCUUAUUCAACCGCUUUGAUUGUUUCGUCAUGGUGUGCUCCAUAGUAGAGUUGGCUCUAACGCACACUGAUAUCAUUCCACAGCUGGGUAUUUCUGUGUUGCGUUGUGUACGUCUCCUUAGAGUGUUUAAAGUGACCAAGUACUGGCGAUCCCUAUCUAAUCUUGUUGCUUCUCUGCUUAACUCUAUUCAAUCUAUUUUCUCCCUCCUUCUUCUUCUCUUUCUGUUUAUUAUGAUCUUCGCGUUACUGGGAAUGCAAGUUUUUGGUGGAAAAUUUGACUAUGACGCUGUACUAGAAAAGGAGAGGCAUAACUUUGAUUCUUUCUGGCAGGCUGUUUUAACAAUGUUUCAAAUAUUAACGGGCGAAGAUUGGAAUGCGGUCAUGUACCACGGUAUUAACGCGUAUGGUGGUUUUGAUUCACCUGGCAUGCUUGCAUCGAUUUACUUUAUAGUUAUUUUUAUCUGUGGUAAUUAUAUUUUAUUGAACGUCUUCUUGGCUAUCGCUGUAGACAAUUUGGGAGAUGCUGAAGAAAUGGAAGAGAUACAGAAAGCAAAAGAGGAAGCUGAAAAUCCUGAAGCUGGUAAUCCUCAGUUAGAUGAAGACAGAGGUGAGACUGAAGAUGAAUACGUUAAUGAAGAAGAAGGUUAUUCCAGUGAAGGGUCAGAGAAUGAAUACGAAGAAACAGGAUCUGAAGAAGAAGUUGAUGAACAAGAUGAACAAGAAUCUGAAGAAAGAAAUAACGUCAACGAAGUUUUGGUCAACAACGAUAUAAAACAAAAUGGAGACAUAAAGAAAGAAGAACCACAGUCCAUGAAACGUCAGCCAACAGUAUCUGCUCGCCCACGUCGUCUGUCAGAAGUGGAAAUCAAAUCUCAGGAGAAACCAAUACCUGAGGGCAGUAGUUUCUUCAUAUUUUCCAAAAACAAUUGGUUUCGAGUGACAUGUUACAGAGUGCAAAACAACUCUUGGUUUAAAAAUUUGAUUCUUCUCUGCAUUUUGGCUUCAUCGCUAAUGUUAGCUAUGGAGGAACCUGUGCCUACCGGAGGUACAAAUGAGAUCCUCCGCAAGAUCGACUACUUCUUUACGACGGUGUUCACUAUCGAAUUGGUACUAAAACUGAUCACUUACGGCUUCAUUUUUCACAAAGAUGCGUUCUGUCGGUCCGCUUUCAAUCUCCUGGACUUACUGGUCGUCAUUGUCUCCCUUGUAUCUCUUACAGGGUCGAAUAAUGUAUCUUUUAUCAAAAUUUUGAGAGUGUUUCGAGUGUUGAGGCCCUUGAGGGCUAUCAACAGAGCUAAGGGGUUGAAGCACGUAGUUCAGUGCGUGAUUGUCGCUAUUAAAACAAUCGGCAACAUUUUGCUGGUGACAAACCUUCUACAAUUCAUGUUCGCUGUAAUGGGGGUGCAAAUGUUCAAGGGAAAGUUUUUCAAAUGCAGUGAUAUCACAAAAGUGACUAAGGAAGAAUGCCGGGGAUCGUACCUAGUUUAUGAAAAUCAAAAGCCUCAAAUAAAAGACAGACUAUGGCAGAAGAAUAAAUUCAAUUUCGACGAUGUGCUGAAUGGCAUGCUGACACUGUUUACGGUGUCGACAUUUGAAGGGUGGCCGGGAUUAUUAUCUACUUCUAUGGAUUCAAACCAAGAGGAUCACGGACCUAUUGAGAAUUCACGACCACUUGUGGCGUUCUUCUAUAUUAGUUACAUCAUUGUUAUUGCUUUCUUUAUGGUUAACAUAUUCGUCGGUUUCGUCAUAGUGACGUUCCAAAAGGAGGGUGAGCAAGAAUUCAAAGACUGCGAACUUGACAAGAAUCAGAGGAACUGUAUCGAAUUUGCUUUAAAAGCAAAGCCAGUUAGGAGGUACAUACCGAAACACCGAAUCCAAUAUAAAACAUGGUGGUUCGUGACGUCACCACGUUUUGAGUACGUUAUAUUUUUCUUCAUCGUGCUCAACACUGUGGCACUUAUGAUGAAAUUUCAUACCGCUUCCGCCGAGUAUAGAAAGGUUUUGGAUUACUUGAAUAUGAUACUGACAACAGUUUUUAUGCUUGAAUUUGUCUUCAAACUGGCUGCGUUCAGAUUUAAAAAUUAUUUUGGCGACGCUUGGAAUACUACUGACUUCAUUUUGGUCAUAGGCAGUAUAAUUGAUAUUGUGGUGACACAAGCUAAUGAAAAUAAUCCUAAAUUGCCGGCUUCUAGUAUUUCAUCAGAUAAAGGAAUUGAGGAGGGUCGCAACCAGACAAUAGGGUUAAAGUAUAUCACAUUCUUCCGUUUGUUCCGUGCCAUGCGUUUGAUUAAGCUGCUUUCACGUGGUGAACGCAUCAGAACUCUGCUUUGGACCUUCAUUAAGUCCUUCCAGGCUCUUCCAUACGUCGCAUUACUGAUUGUUCUGUUGUUCUUCAUCUACGCUGUUGUUGGAAUGCAGUUAUUUGGAAAAGUUGAGUAUUCGGAAAUAAUUACAAGGAAUAACAAUUUCCGGACUUUUGGAGGCGCUUUAAUGCUCUUGUUUAGAUCAGCUACAGGUGAAGCAUGGCAAGACAUAAUGAUGGCUCUAUCACCAAAUGGAGCUGAGAUACCCGAUGAACCGGUUCGAUGCAUUCCCACCAAUUCCACUACAGAUGGUUCAGAAGAGAUUUGCGGCUCAUCGUUUGCAUUCCCUUAUUUUAUUUCAUUCUCUCUGCUUUGUACCUUUCUGAUCAUAAACUUGUUUGUCGCUGUCAUCAUGGACAACUUCGAUUAUUUGACAAGAGACUGGUCUAUCCUUGGACCACAUCAUCUGGAUGAAUUUGUUCGACUUUGGAGUGAAUACGAUCCGGACGCAAAAGGAAGAAUAAAACAUUUGGACGUGGUAACUUUAUUGAGAAAAAUCAGUCCGCCGUUAGGUUUCGGCAAGCUGUGUCCUCACCGGACAGCCUGCAAGAGACUGGUCUCCAUGAACAUGCCUCUCAACUCAGACGGCACCGUAAAUUUCAACGCAACGCUGUUUGCCGUGGUGCGGACGCAGUUACAGAUCAAAACAACAGGAGUCAUAGAUGAAUGCAACACGGAACUAAGGGCUAUUAUUAAGAAGAUCUGGAAACGCACAUCACCAAAGCUGCUCGACCAAGUAGUCCCACCUCCAGGAGAUCCUAACGAGAUCACUGUGGGCAAGUUCUACGCCACAUUCCUCAUUCAAGACUAUUUCAGAAGGAACCAUGCGUUCCGUAAGCGUAAGGAGCAAGCAGCGGCAGCAUCGAUGCAGAAUCAUCAGAUGACCCUACAAGCUGGUCUGCGGACUCUUCAUGAAGCUGGACCCGAACUCAAAAGGGCUAUAUCUGGAAAUCUGGACGAGAUUGUACCAGAGACUGUCGAGCCUAUGCAUAGGCGCAACCACACACUGUUCGGUGCAGUUUGGACAACUAUCAAGAAGCGUGGUCGGGAGAGUUUCUACAAGCCACCAAUGCCCAAACCAGAGAAAAAUCCAAGCGGACCUCCUAAAAGUGGUCAAACACUUAGUUUGAUGAUGCAACGAGAAUUGGGCUUAGAUGGCAAGAUCCCAGAGGACGAUUCAAAAUUCGACGAUGGACAUCAAAGUGACGAGGAAAUAGCAAUGCAGCCACUUUUACAUGGCAAAGACUCCGAACGAAUAUUUAAGGUUAUUGAAAAAACAUCGCACGACUUAAUGCAGAAUAUGCGAAACAGCCAUCGUGACAAGACACCAAGACAAAUCAACGCCGUGCCUUAUUGUGUAGAGAAUCCAGCGGAGAGCCUUAUCGCUCGAGUACUAACGGAGGAGGGGCUGGGCAAGUACUGUGAUAAGGACUUCAUACAGAGCACCUCCCGCGAGAUGCAGGAGGCGCUCGACCUCACGCAGGAGGAGAUGGACACCGCCGCAAACCAAAUCAUUCUGCAAGAACGGAAUAUGAGUCGAGCUCAGAACGGACCAAGCGAUGUGGAAAGUAUACUGGCUCGGCAGUAUCAUCCUUUCCAUCAGCCUCCGAUGCAGCCUCCUCCGAGAAAAAAAUAA